AUGGUAACCCCAACAAGUCCAAGUGAGUUGAAAUGGACCCAGCCCACGACCUUCGCUUCUGGUUGUGUUUUGUGUUUUGUCAUUUGCGAGACACAGACAUCGUCGUCGUCUCCGCCGUAUGCGCUAGCUUGGGUUGCUCCAAUGGAGGAUACCCAAGAAAUUGAGGAGCAAGCACACAAAGAAGUGAUUUCAGACAAAACAUCUGAGAAGCAGCAGGAAACUCUUGAUGAAAUUCUUUCACGACACAGGAAAGAGAUAUUGCAACUGCAGAAAAAAGAAGUUGAGAUGAAAAAAGCUGCAGCUAGAGGUAGCAAGGCUGAGCAGAAAGCUAAGAAGAAGCAAGUGGAAGAAGAGGUUUGUCAACUUUCUGCUAAGCUUAAGGAGAAUCAUGCCAAAGAACUGACUGCAUUAGGCUAUAUCAGUGGUAAUGGAAAUGAAAAGAGCAAUUUGGACAGUCUGGUGAAGGCCAUAGCUGGAGUAUCUGUUACUAGUCAACCUGAACAUACAAAGGUCAGCAAGGCCAAACAGAGGCGAGACAAAAGAGCUCAACAAGAAGCAGAAAGGGAGCAGAGAAUCCAAGCAGAGCAGAGUGACAUUAUAAGUGAUCGUGUGAUUGAGAACGAGAAAUUGGAAAAGAAGUUGAAGCCUCUUGGCUUGACUGUUUGUGAAAUAAAGCCUGAUGGGCACUGCCUCUAUAGAGCCAUUGAGGAUCAGCUGGCCAUCCUCUCUGGGGGUAGAUCUCCUUAUACAUACCAAGAACUUCGAGAAAUGGUGGCUGCUUACAUGAGAAAUCAUACAUCUGAUUUCCUUCCAUUUUUCCUGUCAGAGAAUUUAAUUGAAGAUGAUUCCAAUGAAUCAUUUGCUCAGAAGUUUGAAAAUUAUUGUAAAGAAGUGGAGUCCACAGCUACAUGGGGGGGACAACUAGAACUUGGUGCCUUGACUCACUGCUUGAAGAAGCAUAUUAUGAUAUUUUCAGGGUCCUUCCCAGAUGUGGAGAUGGGCAAAGAGUAUAAAUCUGAUGGUGGCACUGGCUUGUCUAAUUCGAGUAUCAUGCUUUCUUAUCACAAGCAUGCUUUUGGGCUAGGAGAGCAUUAUAAUUCUGUGGUUCCAACAUGAUCAAAUUGGGCAUAUAUAUCAUCAUAGGGAUCCUUGCCUAUCAUGUUGCCUUCUAUCAUUUUUAAUUACAGCCAGGGAUUUGGCUUUAGGUCUCUUAAAACCGUAGUUUGUGAUUUUGAAAUGGCUAUAACUGUACAUUUCACAACUGUAAUUGAUAUUUUCUGGAUUAUCAUGUAAAAGCACUUCUGGCAUCUGUCUAAUUUUGAGCGUUUUAGUAAUAUCUUCAAAAGGGAUGAGAUUUGAAUGA